ACUAAAAUAGAACAAGUACGAUAUGUUACAAGUCUUAUUACUACAUACAAAUCAGCCAACUCUAUAGAGACGGUGGAAUCAACAAUAUUAACCAAGCUUUAUUUUACAGCACUCGCCAACAAACAUCAGUAAGUAACGGAUAGCGCCCCAGUGCCAGUUGGAUAAAAAAGUCAUAUACGAAAAACAUCGAGACCACAAAAUAUUGCCACCAUGUAAAAAUGAAUAAACUGAAAAUGCCACCACAGCCUUAGCUAGUUUUGCGUUUUGUGAAAUAGUAUGCCAUUUUAUACGAUAAAAAACAAUUUGAUAAAAAAAAUCUAUACUUGAUCAUUUUGCAAAUUUACAGUUCUCCUUACCGCAAAAAUAAGAAGAUUCCAAAAAAAAUGAACGAAGUUCUUCCUAAAACGACAACUACCCGAGGAAAGCGUGAAUUAGAGCAAGCAAACGAACCAUAUGGUUACAAUUCGCGUGGCAACUUGAUGUACCAAAACUACAGCUUUUCGAAGGCCAGCAGUAACGGGAUGGCUAACAUCAUCUACUGGCGAUGCACCGAGUAUCGUAAGCAAAAGUGUCGCUCGACGUUAAAAACGAUGGGCAAGCAGCUUUACAUUAUCGAUGCGAAACACAAUCACGUGCCGAAAAAGUAUGGCCGCAUCAUGUCUGCCACAUUGCCAAUCUUUAAUUGUCUUCCGGACGACGGUAGCGAAAUGGAGAGCAUACCUGCAGAUAAAAAUGUUAUUAAAUAAACACAGAAUUCAGAUUAAACGAGUGAGCAAUGUGUGUGUGUGUGUGUGAUUGAUUUUCUCAAUGCUUUGUCGUGGACAAAGUUAAUUGUUGCUUUUUUCACAGAUCUGUCGCGUUGUGUAAGAACAAAUAGCAGGGACAAAACCUCCCCGUUUUGUGUCAUCUGUGUCUAUAAUCCUUCUUUUUCACUUGUACCUUCUCUAU